AUGGAUAAAUUCGAGAAGCGUCUAAAUCAAGUUAAUAUGAUAACUCCAAAAAAUACAAUUAAUUAGUAAUCUACAUUGAAAUAAAUUGAUCAUACUAAAAGUUAUGCCUCUCUUAAUGAAUUUAAUAGAAUUGGAGAAUAAUUUGAUAGUGAAGUUGUUAAUUUGAGAUCUUAAGUUUAAAUUUUGGAAGGCAAAUUGUAAUUUUAUGAAAGAGAAUUCUAAAUAAAAGUAAUUGUUAUUGCAAAAUACAUUCUAGUAAUCUUCCUUAGAAAAGAGAAUUCAAUAAUUGAUAUCUACAUCUUCAUAGCUCACUCAAUAAAAUACCUAAUUAAAAUUGUAAUAUUAAGCAUUAUUAAAUGAAUAUUAAAUUUAAUAAGACAAGAUAGCUCAUUAAGAUAAAGGACAAAAAGAAUAUGAAGAGAAAGUGAGAUCUUAAUUAGAUAAUUAUAAUAAAUAUCAAUCAGAAAAAGAAUAAUUAAUAUAAUAUGCAAAUAAAUGUAGAGAAAGAUCAAAAUAAAGAAAAUAAAAAGUUAAAGAAUUAACUACAACAAAUUCUUAAUUAAUUGAAUAAAUAUAAUAACUUGAAUAAGAAUUAGAAUAAGCAAAUCAUGAAAAGUAAUAAAUAUAUGAAUAGUUAUAAUAAUAAAUCAUGAUAUUAAAUGAAUAAAAUGAAGAUUGGUAAAUGAAAUAUGAAUAAAUUGUUCAAAACUUUAAGAAUCAUCUUGCUGAUUAAAAUGAAAGUCAACAUGAAGAAUAAUUGUUAGCUAAUCAUACUAUACUUGAUUAAAGAGAAGCUUAGACUGUUUAAUAAUAAUUAGAAAAUUAUAGUAUCUUAUAAAAGGAUUUAAAUACACUUUUAAGUUAAAUCAAAAAUACAAGUGUUACUAAUCCUUCAUCUUUUGAAAUGCAAUAAGUUAUUGAAUUUGCAGAAAUAUUUAAUAGAAUGGCAGAAAAAAUCUAUGAAUUACAAUAAAAGAAAUCAAUGUUUAAAGAAUAACUUAAAGUAAUAUAAUAUAUUAUUUUAUUAGGAUCUAUAAUAAACGUAAUUAUAAAAUUAAAUGUUAACAAAUAAAUCUAAUUAAAGUAAUUAAUGUUCUAAUAUGAUUGAUGAUAAAACCAAAAUGCUUUUUGAAUAAAGAAUAUUAGAAUUAGAAGAGUAUAAUAUAUAUUUUAUAAUUUAGAUAUUAUUAAAAAGAGAGAUUACAAGAUAAAAAUAAACCUAAUUUAAAAAUAAAAAAUUAAGAUCGUAAAUAAAAAUAAAUAAUUUUGUUACUUACUUAAUUUUUGGAAGAAUUUCUAUAAUAAUAGAAUCAUCUAAAAACAUUAAAUUGUUAGAUUAAUGAUAUGCAAUUUGAAUAUACUGAUAAAAAAUGUAAUCGUUCUUUUAAAAAAGCUACAUGGGCAAUUAUUGCUAUUCAUAGAAUCAAAAUAAUUAAAAAUUCAUAAUAUUAUUAAUAAGUUUUAUAAUUCAAUCAUCUAAGAAUUGAUAUGCCUAUUAUAAAUUCAUUAAAUUAAAUGCUUGAAUUAGUAACUGGAUAAUAAUAAUUAAUUGAUACAUUAUAAAAAUAAAUGGAAAAUAGAGGAUCAGAUGUAUUUUAAGAAUAAGAUAUUUAAUCAAUUGUUGAUUAAGAAUUAAGAUAAUAAUUAAAGAGUGUAUAAAUGGAAUUAGAUAUUAAUAAUAAAAAGAUGCUUGAAUAUAAAUUAUAAUCUGAAAAAUAAAUUGAUGAAAGAGAUCGAUUAAUUAAUGAAUUAGAAUAAUAAUUGAGAGAUUAUCCUAAUGAUUAUAAUUAAUAACUUCUUGAACAUUUAGAAGAACAAAACAAUAGAGUAAAAAGCAUUGAAAAUGAAUUUAAUGUUUUAAAUGAACUUGUUAAUUCAUUAAUCUGA